CGUUCGACCCACACUCUGUACAUGUGUAUUCGCGUGAACGCGUGCACACGCUCGCGAAAACACACACACAUACGCGUGUACACAGGGCACAUCACGAAAAGUGUGUGUCGUCGCGAACGCGUGCCCCGAAACAAGCGAAACUGUGACCGAAAUUGUGUUCUAACCCUGUCGCGUGUGACCCAACGUGUGAAGGGAGAGAAAACUUUGUGAUCAGACCCAUUUCGGAUAUUAGUGAACUAUACAGAGUGCACAGUUCCUUGAGAUAAUGCGCUUCCUUUGACAAGAUUUACAAUUAGUUUCGAUAAAACGAGGAAGAUUUGCUUUUUUUAAUGUACAUUUUCGAAAAGGAAUUUCACUGUUCUUAAGAUUGAGAAGGUGGUAGCUGUUGGUGCGUUAGACAAGUUUUUUUAGGAGAAUAGGAUACUGGACAGGUCCUGGAUUAUCGAGGUAGAUAUCGCGGUGGAAACUCGGGUGCAGUGGUCGGACUUUUACUUUGGAAACGCGACGUCUUUUUUGUUGGUGGAAAGAAAUGACGUCGGCAGCGGCGGAACUGGUUGCAGAGAGGGAGCCUGAACCAAGGAUCGAGAUGACAGAUACGAAUCGAACGUUCGUUGGUGCUCAAGGAUUGGUCCGGAUGGCCCUGGAUCAGUACACGGAAAUCCUCGCGACGAUUUCAGACCCACGUGUCAGCGAUUGGCCUCUGAUGGACUCACCUAUCCCUACCCUUUUCAUCGUUAUAUUGUAUCUGUACGGGGUGACGAUAUUCGGUCCGCGGGUGAUGACCAAUCGGAAACCUUUCAAAUUGAGGGAAGCUCUGGUCGCUUACAACGCGUUUCAGGUGGUCUUUUCACUGGGAAUGCUUUACGAGCACCUGAUGUCCGGCUGGUUGUUGGAUUACAGCUACAAGUGUCAACCCGUCGACUAUUCCCAUAAUCCGUCCGCGUUGCGAAUGGCAAAUCUCUGUUGGUGGUACUUCAUCAGCAAAUUCACGGAAUUCGCUGACACGAUAUUCUUUAUCCUGCGCAAAAAAGACAGUCAGGUGACGUUCUUGCACCUAUACCAUCAUUCCCUGACGCCUUUGGAGACAUGGAUCUGCGUGAAAUUCAUCCCCGGAGGCCAUGGUACCCUUGGAAAUCUUAUAAACAACGCGGUACACGUGAUAAUGUACGCGUAUUACAUGGUGUCCGCGAUGGGACCGGAGUACCAGAAGUAUAUAUGGUGGAAGAAACAUCUCACCACUGUGCAACUGGUGCAGUUCUUCCUGGUGUUCGUACACAGCACGCAGGCCUUGGUCUUCGACUGUGGCUACCCAAAACUGAUAGCAGCUCUUCUUCUUCUUCACUCGACCAUCUUCUUCGUCCUCUUCUCUGAUUUCUACCGAAGAGCGUACAACACGGUUACAACAAGGAAACAAAUAAAGGGCGAAUAGAAGGAGAAACAUUAACGAACACCAAUGCCAAAUUUCAUACGAUAUUCGAAGUGAAUUGAAUUACUUAUAGAUCCUUAUUAUCAAUCAUCUCAGGUCUCGCGAACAACUCGAACAAUUUUUAUAUUAAAUCACUUCAAGUAGUAUAAGUAGACGGCCUCUGUCAAGUAGUAUCGUCCGUUCUGACCAGACCGUCUUAUUACUUACUGUAAUAUUGUAAUGUGAUCGGUCCCUGGUGUCGUUAAUUAAGUUACUCCAAGUGUUCAUAAAUCGCCAGAUUUGUAAUUAAGCUUAAUGUAAAUAUAGGGGUAAUACUGGUACGCAGGGAUGAUAUCGUACCCGCGGAUCUAUUUAAAGUACCGCGAAUUUCGAAAUGAUUACGCGUUUCUUGCCAAAAAAUAUAUAAAAAAACAGUAAACGAUAAAAAUAACAAGGAAUCAAAGCUGUAAGAAAGGAAUCGCGUAAUCUAACGAUGAAACGUUGGCCAAGAUGACUCAUUUAACGAACGUUUAAGCUCAAUCUUUUUUCUAUUUACAAUUAUUUAUACGUUUCUUAAUACCAUGUACCGUUUAAAGUAAUCCCUUAAACGAUAAAUCAUAAGCAGGCUAAAUUCGCGUCGUUGCACCCCCGAUUCGUUAACACGUUGACCAAAUGGAUUGUUAAUAUCUAAUAUUUCAGUUUGCUACCUCGAAUAAUUAGUGCAAUUUUAAUAUGGUAUUCAAAAUGGUAUUCCUUUCCUUUAUUUUAUUAAAUUAUAUCUGUAACAUUGAUCACUGCCAAAUUCCAUGGCAGUCGAACUAUUACCGUAACGUUAAUCAUGAUAGUGUCAACGUGUUAACGAAAUAUACGCACACGUGUACAUAUAAGCACAUACACACACUGCAUACGCUUUCAAAACUACGAAAUUCCUCUUACCAGUUGGUAAAGUAACUUGUUGAGGGAAUGUAUCUGGCUGGUUGAGUCAGAUUUCGUUAACCGAGAGCUUUGCUUUGUCGUACGUGAACUGUUUGCGAAAGACGUCGCGAGCUCUUGUCUCUCCCGGUGUCGGGACCGCAAUGCGAUAAGGUAAACAUUUAAUGGCUACGCGAAUGUCGAACUCUUGAAACACGUUUCUGCAACAUUAUCGACAAAAAUAUUAUGUGUUUGAUAAGCGACGGGAAAGACAAGUCACUGCUCGCUGAACAUCUUCGAGAACUAUGUAUGUAGGUACACUGGGGUGCAGCGUAGGCUUCUCUUGGUUAAGGGUAAGGAGGAGACUCCCCCACCACUUGCUUUUGGUUUUGGGAGAGACUAACCUAGAACCUAUCUUUACACGCAAAAAAUAUAGACAAAGAAGCCGGACGGUAUUCCUACACUUCUUUUUAACUAAGGGAAGCCUAAGCUGCACGCAACCGUACUGGUCGGGAGUUAAACAACACUCACCCGGUUGCUCGUGAAGCUUGACGGGACGCUAACCAUAAGGGGCAAUCCCACGUAGACACGUGAGAAGCUCUAACAGCUGGAUACUUACAGAGUACAGGCACUUUCUACCUUAUCGAUCUUCUCGAUACACCCCUUCCUAAAGGGAUGAACAGAGAUGUUCAUUCCAAGGAUACGCAAAGGGGAAGAAGCUGCCUCGAUUAGCUAUUCGGUUAUUUUGUUAGGAAUUUAUUUCGUUGAACCUGAUCCCAUGGUUGUAAUUUAUUAAGCAAGCCCUCUUGUAAAUAUGUAAUUCCUUCUUAUUUUUCUUUCUUCUUUUGUAAUGACAAAUAAUAAAUAUUAAGUUACUCGUA